CUUAAGACGAGGGUCCAACGUGCGCGCCCGGGCCGCCCCCAUCUCUGGAGCUGUCGUGCCGAGGCGUAUGGGGCAGUGUGGAGCUAGCACUCAAGAUAAGGCAGAGUGAAGCACUAUGGCCCAAACAUCAAGCCGUGCCCUUACUUCCUCCCUGGACAAGCUCACCAUCUCUGGCAAGCAGCAGAAGAAGAAGCAGCCAGCUGAGUCUUGGGAAGAUGAAGACUCGGAGGAAGACUCCGGCACAACCACGCCCAUCCGACCGGUUAGUUCCUCAAGCUAUCCGGAUGCACCUCCUCCAACACCGUCUUCACCAUCCUUCAGCCCAGGCAAGGGCACCCCAUAUCAGUCCUUCCCGCCCGCCGACUACGACGAGUCCAGUUACACCGCAAAAGGCAGCGAUGAGCGUAGACCAGACAAGUCCACCGCUGUAGCUUCGAGACUUAUUGCUGCUGGGAUCGGUCAAAAGGCGCCAAAGCGGACCAAGGAGCAGAGAGAGUACGAUCAAGCAGUGAAGAUACAGGAGAAGAAGCGAAGAGACCAAAUCAAGGCGGAGGAGGAGCGGCGGAAGGCCGAGUCGGAGAGAGCUAAGCAAGCCAUCUGGGAUGAUUGAAACGAACCUAUAACGUUAUGUUGCGUCUACCGGAAGCCAUUGGCCACAUCCGCUCAAAGUAAUAUCAACGACUGCAUUGGGUGCUAAAGCACCCUGUCUUCCAUAGACUUCCUGCACUCGGUUGUCUUCGUGGCAAUACCAGCUACAGAAGUGGACGACACGAUGAUGACGGCAAGUACGCCGAAAAGACCAUACCACGGUGGCGAUCAACACGGUGGAGCCCGUUCUGCCGGGUCAUUC